AUGGGUGCUAAUACUCAUUCCAUAGCCACAAUUUGUGUUAUGAUAUUAACGGUGAUAGCUGCCACACCAGCUACAAUCUCCAAUGAUGACUCGCUAUUAAGGGACUUACCCAAGAGUUUGGAAGACUUUGGAACGAAACUCUACUCGAACAUAGCUAAACGUAGUGCCCAGAAAAACAUUAUAUUUUCACCAUUCUCAAUUGAGACCAGCCUGGCCAUGAUUCGUUUAGGUGCCACCGGACAGACAGCGGAUGAAAUUGACAAUGCUCUAAAUUUAAAAUUUAGCAAUGGCGAAAGAUUGGCCAACUAUUUCGAACAAAUUCUUUCAACAUAUCUGAAUGGUGAUCUUUUACAAUUGGCCAAUAACAUAUAUGCAGAGGAAAAGUUAGAACUACGCGAUCAAUUUAAUGUGUUGCUUGCCAAACAUUUCUUCGCAUCAGGGGAAAAUGUCAAUUUUACACAAAAUAUUAAAGCAGCUGAGAAAAUCAAUUCUUGGGUUGCCGCAAAAACCAGUCAAUUGAUUAACGAUCUGGUCAGUGCCGAGGAUUUGGAUGAAAACACACGUUUGUUACUGCUCAAUGCAAUUUAUUUCAAAGAUGAAUGGGCCCGACCAUUCAUAGGACCUCGUACACAACCCAAAAAAUUCUAUGUGGAUGCAACAAAUUAUGUUAAUGUGAACUUGAUGGUAACGUUUGGAGACUUCCUUUAUGGCAAAAUAGACUAUUUAGAUGCUACCGCUUUGGAAAUGCCUUACAAAAAUUCCGAUCUUUACAUGCUUGUAAUUUUGCCAAACUCUCGUGAUGGCUUGGAUGAUCUAAGGAUUAAAUUGCAGUCAUAUUCUCUGCGUGAAAUAAGAGAGAAUAUGGUUGAGACAAAGGUUCUAGUGGAAAUGCCCAGAUUUAAAACUGAAUACAAAAUCGAAUUGAAUGAGAUCUUAAAGGGGUUGGGUGUGGAACGCAUGUUCUCUCAUGCUGACUUGGAAAAAAUGAUAAAUUCAAAAGAAGUAUUGCAAGUAACGAAAUUUUUGCAUAAGGCAAUUAUUCAUGUCAACGAAUUCGGCACAGAAGCUUCUGCUGCAACAGGUAUUGGCGCAUCUGCUACAUCUGCUGUAAUUGUGCCUGAAAUUGAGACCAAAUUUGUGGUUGAUCAUGGCUUCUUCUAUAAGAUAGUGAAUAGUGAUGGCAUUGAAUUCUUUGAAGGAUCGCAAAGUGAUUUUUAA